AGUUGUUCGAUCUGAUUUCUCUCAUUUCUGGUAACAACAUACGAAUAUGAUGAACUCCCUUCCUACACCGAUGCCUGUGGAUUUAUCUGAUAUGGAUAAGUUACGGAGUAAAGAAGAAUCCAGUAGUGAAGCCACCACCACCACCCAGGAAGUUGUUCCUAAGGAGUGUUCCAAUUGUGGUAAGAUUCCCGGGAAUCCUUUACGGUGCGGUAUCUGUAAGAAAGUGGUAUACUGCGAUCGGAAUUGUCAAAAGGAGGACUGGCGAUUCCAUAAACGUAUAUGUAAGAAGCCUAAAGCCAAGAAGGAGGAGGAGGACGAGAAGAAGUCAAGACAUGAACAAGCUGCUGAGAGAGCUGCUGCUGCCAAACGGGCUGCUGAACCAUUCCGAUCAAAGAAGGAUGAUGAUGUGGUAGUAGAGGAUGAGAAGCUCAAUUGGUAUCGUCAUCGGGAAUGGAUACCAGAGAAGAAAGAAGAGUUUAAACCACAUGAGAUAGUACCCCAACAGGAAGCUAGUAGUCCAGAGAGGAUACAAGUAACCGAGUCUGGUGAUGGUGGUCAUGCUGGCAAGAGUGUUUGGAACACAGCUGAUACGUACGAAGAACGGAAUACUACCGAAUGGGCUAAUGAUUGGCUUAAACAGAAUAUCCCUGGCUCUACCUUUGAUACUGCCGAGGACCUCUCCCUUGUCGUUGAUUCGAUCGAUAACUUGGAGGGGGAUGCCGCCAUUCCAAUUGUUAGAGGAACAGCACGGUAUGUAUAUGAUUACAAGUUCAAGUUGAGUACUAAUGUUACAUUCAAGGGUAUUCAACUGAAUGCUGAUGUGAAGGUUGGUGACUUCGCCAACGAUAUGGAGCCCUACACCUUCCAUGUGAAUGUUAAAGAUCCCAAGGAGAGUGUCGAUAGAGAUACCAUUACCGCUGCUCGAUCAAUCAUAAUUAAGUCCAUCGUCCCCCAGUUGAACUCCAAAUUGGAUCAAUUCGUGACCGAGUACCAUACUCUCUAAGCCUUAUAGCUGACAACAAAAUACUCGUGUAUAACAAAGAUUUAGAACAAUAGCCACUGUCGUG